AUGGAGAAACAAUCAAUUUAUCCAGCAUGGUGUGCUGAAAAUGGUGCUAUUACUUCAUUAGAACAAAUUUUAGAAAUCUUUCUCGAAUUGGGUAAUAACUUUGGUUUUCAAGAUGAUAAUGUGUCAAACAUGUAUGAUCAUUUCAUGACUCAAUUAGAUUCAAGAUCAAGUAGAACAAAUUGCUCAAAUGCAUUAUUAUCAUUACAUUUAGAUUAUAUAGGAGGUAAUAAUUCGAAUUAUAAGAAAUGGUAUUUUAAUGCCCAUGAUAAAGAAAUUGAUGAAGAUUUAUGGAUUUCGAAAUUUAAUAAACUAGAAGAAUCACAAUAUAUUUAUCAAAUUGCGUUAUAUUUAUUAAUUUGGGGUGAGUCUAAUAAUGUCAGAUUUAUGCCAGAGUGUCUCUGUUUUAUAUAUCAAUGUGCUUUAGAUUAUAGUGGACCCAAAUUUGAAAAAUUACAUUUCAUAACUAAUAUAAUUACACCAAUUUAUAAUUUUAUAAGAGAACAGCAAUAUACUUUAAAUGAUGGGAAAUGGAAAAAGAAAGAGAAUGAUCAUUCAAAAACUAUUGGUUAUGAUGAUAUAAAUCAACAAUUUUGGAGUUGGGAAGGAUUAUCAAAGAUUAAAUUAACCAAUGGGAAUAAAAUUUAUCGAAUUCAAAAAGAUAAAAGAUAUAAAAACUUGAGUCUUAUUGAUUGGAAUAAGUCAUUAAGUAAGAAAUUUAGAGAACGAAGGACAUGGAUUCAUGUAUUUACCAAUUUUAGUAGAGUUUGGAUUAUACAUAUUUCUGUAUUUUGGUAUUUUAUGUCAUUCAAUUCACCUGCUUUAUAUACUAAAAAUUAUACACCUGAAAAAUCACCUCAAAUACAUAUAAGAUUAGCUAUUGUUUCUAUUGGAGGUACAAUUGCAACUUCUGUUUCAUUAUUUGCAGCGUGUACUGAAUUUUUCUUCAUUAAGGGGAAUAUAAAAUAUAUCCUAGGGUUAUUUUUUUUAACUGGAUUAAAUAUUGGACCAGUUAUAUAUGUGUUAAGAUUUACAUCAUACGAAGAAUCACAUAAAACAGGAUUAAUUGUGUCAUCAAUGUCAUUAACUAUAUCAAUAUUAACAUUUUUAUAUUUAAGUAUUGUACCACCUGGUAGCUUCAAAUCAAUUUUUGUUUCAUCAUUUCCAAAUUUAAAAUUACGAAACAAAUUAUUUUCAUAUUUUUUAUGGUUGGGGGUUUUUAUUGCAAAAUAUAGUGAAUCAUAUUUCUUUUUGAUUCUAUCAUUAAAGGAUCCAAUUCAAAUAUUAUCAACUGUUGUUUUAAAUUGUAAAGAUUCAAAUUUAUUUUGUAAAUUACAACCAAAAAUUACAUUAUUGUUAUUUUAUUUACUUGAUUUGAUUCUAUUCUUUUUAGAUACUUAUUUAUGGUAUGUUAUAUGUAAUUGUUUAUUUUCUGUCGGUUUAUCAUUUUCAUUAGGAAUUUCAAUUUUUACACCUUGGAGAAAUAUAUUUUCAAGAUUACCAGAUCGGAUAUUGACAAAAUUAUAUAAUGGCGAUAAUACAAAUUUGAUUUUAGUUAUAUCUCAAAUAUGGAAUACCAUUAUAAUUUCCAUGUAUAGAGAACAUAUGUUGUCAAUUGAACAAGUUAGUAAAUUAAUUUAUUCAAAAAGUAUUGAUGAUAUUAUUAAACCACCGGCAUUUUUCGUUUAUGAAGAUGAUAAUACUUUUAAAAUUAAUGAAUAUAUUAAAAUAGAAAAAGAAUGGGAAAGAAGAAUUACAUUUUUUGCACAAUCAUUGUCAAGUCCAUUACCUGAUACUUUUUCAGUUGUUUCAACUCCAAGUUUUACAGUUCUAAUUCCACAUUAUUCUGAAAAAAUUUUAUUAAGUUUAAAAGAUUUAAUUAAAGAACAAUCUUUUUCAAAAUUAACAUUAUUAGAAUACCUUAAAAGUCUUCAUCCAAAUGAAUGGACUACUUUUGUACAAGAUUCAAAAAUGAUACAAAAUAUGGAUAAAGAAAUCGAUGAAGAAAAACUGGGUAAUUUACGUGAAAAAUUUGAAGAUUUACCUUAUUAUUGUGUUGGUUUUAAAGAAUAUUCAAAAGAAAAUAGUUUAAGAACAAGAAUUUGGGCAGCUUUAAGAUGUCAAACUUUAUAUCGUACCGUUUCUGGAUUUAUGAAUUAUGAAACUGCUUUAAAAUUAUUAUAUCGUGCUGAAAUGAUUGGAUUUGAUGUACAAGAAGAUUUUUAUGUUGAAGAACAAUUGAAUGAAUUUGUUAAUCGAAAGUUUAACCUAUUAGUUACAAUGCAAAAUUUUCAAAAUUUUAACCCAGAGGAAAAGGAAAAUGCUGAAAUUUUAAUGAAGAAUUUUCCCAAUAUGAAAGUAGCAUAUCUUGAAAGAAUUGAAGAAGAUGAUGAAUAUUAUCUGGUGUUAUUAGUUAAUGGAGAGAUUAGAUAUAGAAUUAAAUUAUCUGGAAAUCCAAUUUUAGGUGAUGGUAAAUCUGAUAAUCAAAAUAAUGCAUUAAUAUUUUAUCGUGGUGAAUACAUUCAAGUGAUUGAUUCAAAUCAAGAUAAUUAUAUUGAAGAAUGUUUAAAAAUAAAGUCUUUAUUAUCAGAAUUUGAAGAAAUUAAUAUAGAUGUAUUAAGUUAUGAUAAAUUGGAAAAUAAAACACCAAUUGCAAUUGUUGGAUCAAGAGAAUUUAUAUUUUCACAAAAUAUUGGUGUUUUAGGUGAUAUUGCAGCUGGUAAAGAACAAACAUUUGGUACUUUAUUUGCAAGAACAAUGGGUGAAAUUGGUUCAAAAUUACAUUAUGGACAUCCUGACUUUUUAAAUGGAAUAUUCAUGAGUACAAGAGGUGGUAUAUCAAAAGCUCAACGUGGUUUACAUUUAAAUGAAGAUAUAUAUGCUGGUAUAACUGCAACUUGUCGUGGGGGUAGGAUAAAACAUUGUGAUUAUUAUCAAUGUGGAAAGGGUAGAGAUUUAGGAUUUCAAUCUAUUAUAAAUUUUACAAAGAAGAUAGGUGCUGGAAUGGGUGAGCAAUUGAUUUCAAGGGAAUAUUACUUUCUUGGAACGUUACUUCCGAUUGACAGAUUUUUAUCUUUUUAUUAUGCACAUCCAGGAUUUCAUAUUAAUAAUUUAUCAAUUAUGUUAUCUGUUAAAAUGUUUAUGUUAUUAUUAGUAAAUUUAGGUGCUUUAAAUUAUGGUACAAUUUCAUGUGAAGAUAAUUUAGAAGGAUGUCAUAAUUUAAAACCAGUUUUAAAUUGGAUUGAUAGAUUUGUCUUAUCAGUUUUUGUCUGUUUCUUUAUCUCAUUUUUACCAUUAAUAAUUCAGGAGCUUAUUGAAAAAGGUUUUAUAAAAGCUAUAUUUAGAAUAUUUUUACAUGUUGUUUCCUUAAGUCCAUUUUUUGAAGUUUUUGUAUGUCAAGUUUAUUCAAAAAGUUUAAGAGAUAAUUUUGUAUUUGGUGAAGCUCAAUAUAUUGCAACUGGACGUGGAUUUGCAAUUUCAAGAGUUUCAUUUGCGACUUUAUAUUCAAGAUAUGCCAAUGUUUCAAUAUUUUAUGGUUGUGAAAUUUUCUUAGUUAUAUUAUUUUCAAUAUUAACAAUUUGGAGAAAAGCUUUAUUAUGGUUUGUAAUUACAAUUAUUUCAUUAUGUUUAGCACCAUUUUUAUUUAAUCCCCAUCAAUUUAAUUUUAUUGAUUUUUUCAUUGAUUAUAGAGAUUAUAUUAGAUGGUUAUCAAAGGGAAAUACAAAAUAUAAAAGUAUUUCAUGGAUCGCGACUACAAAAAUUUCAAGAAGUAAAUUAACAGGAUCAAAAGUGAAGAAAUAUAAUAGUGGUAGAAAUACUUCAACCUUUAAUUUAUUAUUUGGUGAAGUUGGAUCUCCUUUUGUAAGUUUGAUACUAUAUUUUAUUCCAUAUUUGUUCCUUCAUUCAAAUGAUGAAUUAUUUAAAUUGAGUUUUAAUAACCCAUUAUUAAAAAUUGCUGUUGUUGUAUUUGCAUCAUACAUUGAAAAUGCAAUUAUAUUAUUAUUUGUAUGGGCAUUAUCUAUAACUAUGGCUCCAAUUAUAGGACUAUUUAUUAAAACUACACCAGCUUUUUUUGCAGCAUUAGCUCAUUUAUUAUCAAUAAUAUUAAAUAUUGUUAAUUUAGAAAUUUUAUUAUUUUUGGAAGAUUGGAAUUAUAUUUAUUUAAUAUCAGCAAUAUUAGUUAUAACUCAAUUACAUAGAAUUAUAUCAAAUUUUAUAUUAAUUGUUGGAAUAUCAAGAGAAAGACCAGAAAAUGUUAAUAAAGCAUGGUGGUCUGGUAAAUGGUAUACAAGUGGUUUAGGAUUUUGGGUUAUAACACAAAAUAUUCGAGAAUUUACAGUCAAAAUCUUUGAAUUAAAUAAAUUUACAUUUGAUUUUAUAAUUGGACAUUUAUUAUUAUUUUCAAUGUUUCCAUUAAUAUUUAUUCCAUAUAUUGAUACAUUACAUACAUGUAUGUUAUUUUGGUUAAAACCAAAAAGACAAUUUACAAGACCAAUAAUGACAACACGACAAAGAAAGAAGAGAAACAUACAAGUCGUUAAGUACUUUAUGUUGUUUAUACUAGUAUUGGCAUGUUUUAUACUGUUGAUUGUGAUUCCACCAUUUUUCAGUUCAAACUUACAGGCUUUAAAAAAAAUCGUAGAAAAUUAA